GAGAUACUUUCAUUGGCUGAGUAUAGCUUUCUCAAUAUAACGAAAGAGAGCGUUGGAACACUAAAGUUUCUAUUCUAUUGUAUUAUUACAUGAGAUAUAGCUAAAAUUUCAAACAAAAUAGAUAUAAAUUUAUCUUAAAUAACUAAGUGCUGAUUUAAAAAUAAUUUGUGUUCUAAAUAAAACUGAUACAGCAGUUUUUCUUUUAAAUCAUAAAUAUUAAAAAAGUGUCAGUAAACAUUGAGUAUCUAAGAUAAACUGUACCUAACCCAACAUUGUUAAAUGGUCGGUGAAUUAGCGUUUAUAAUUUUCGGAAAUAUACGAUAUUGUGAUAUAAUAAAUAAAGGUAUUAUUACGAAGCUAUAUGAAAUUAAUAACGAUGUAUUAUAAUAUUGAUUUACAUUACUUGCUAAACAUGAAAAUCAUAUGCUUUCACUAUCAACUUAUAUAAAAAGGCAGAAAGUAAAUUUUUUACUAUUACAAUAAUAUAAUUAUCCGUAUGAUUAUUUUAUCUAUCACUCAAUUUGUGUGUAUAGAACAAGCCUUUUUAAAAAUAAAAUACGUUUAUUUAAUGUACAUGAAUUAGAAAAUUGAGAAUUAUAGUAAAAAAGUUUGUCUAUUUUAUAUGUGUCUCAGAUAAACAAGGGAGGAUUUCAUUAUACUGUAAUAUAUACAAUUCCAUUGAUUCAAAACUUUUUUGUGAUAUAUUUUUAUACUUUAUACAUAUUUUCUAAAUAUAUUACAUUUUACUAGUGUAUAUAGAUAUAAAAAUAUUAAACUUGCAUGUAAUUUAUAUUAGCUUACAACGGGAGCAUUUGAUAUAUUAUUUAAAUAAAUCUAAUUUUCAUAUCAUUAGUGCAUUAUUCGGACUAGCAACAGGUUCAAUUUUUCAAUGUUGUCCCUGUCUAGUUUCGGAGCCAAGCAAGUGUGUCAACUACAUUCUACAAUAUUCUGACAAUAUAAUGUAUUAUUUGUGCAAUAUGUACUCAUGGAUAUAUAAUAGGCCCCAAACUGCUAACACUAAUGCAAAUGUCCAAUUUUCGUUGCCAUUUUUAAAGUGGUUUCAAAUUGAUUGGACUUUGGCCUCAUUGGUGAAAGUGGUGUGGCCAUGCGACGUGCUUGAUAUUAUUUAAUCCACGGGUUAUUAUAUACAGAGUUUGUGUUUAAGUUUAUGUAACAAAUUUUGCUACAAAGAUAAUUAAAAAUUAUUUGCUUGUUAGUAUAUGAAUGUGUUAAAUAUUUAAUCAACUAUAAAAAUUAUAAGACAUAAAAUAUCCUCUAAAUUGAAAUUUGAUAUGUUAUUGAUAAUUAGAUCUUACAGUAUUUUAGCAGAUCCUUGUUAUACAUAUAAUGGAGAUUGAUAAAGAAGUUCCUGAAGAAAUCCCUAAAUCAAAUAUGGCUUCUCAAAAUGAAAACACUAAUGAAACAAUUUUGGAUAAUCAACAAAGCACGUUGGAAAUAAAUACUGAUAAUCAAGGUGGAAUGUCAGACAGAAGCAAUUGUAGUGAUAUAAUGGAAGAAGAAACUAUAUCUGUUGAUGAUACAAAUGCAUACAAUGGUUCUACUACCGAAGACUGUAUUAUGGAAUCUAACACAGAUAGCAUUGCAGCUACAGAUGAUUUAAGACAGUUUGAUGUUUUGGAUGAUUUAGAACGCCAUCCAGAUCAGAACUGCUGUGAUAUGGAUUCUGAUACCAAUGAAAGUAUGGAUUCUGAUGUACCUGAUGAAGAAAUUGAAGCCAUGCUUGAAGAAGGUUUACCGGAAGAAUUUAAAGGCAAAAGAAAAGACAAGAAGGAUAGUGUACCAUAUGAAGAGAAAGUGAAACUCGUCUUGGAUGAAAUUGGACAUAAUCACUUUGAUGUUUUACCGGAAGGCUGGGUGCAGGUAACACAUAAUAGUGGAAUGCCUUUAUAUUUGCAUAAACAAAGUAGGGUUUGUACUCUUGCAAAACCAUAUUUCCUUGGACCUGGUAGUGUGAGAAAACACGAAGUGCCUGUUAGUGCAAUACCUUGUCUUCAAUACAAAAGAGCUCUUCAUGAAGAAGAAGAAGAAAGAAAGAAGCAGAAAGAACGUGAUCCAAAUACAGAAGUGUGUAGCCUCCCUAGUGCAAAAAUUGAAACAAUUCAAGAAAAUCGAGCGGCUCAUUCAUUAGAUAGUAAACAAUUAAGAAAUUAUUGCCAAUCGCUAUUUCGCUUUAAAGCUAUUAAAGUAAUGAGAUUUCAAUCAUGGUCAGCAAGGAGAAAAUUUACAAAAAAUAAAAAACAUCGUAAACAACUUGAACGUCCUACUUUACCGGAUGGAACAAAACUAAUAACGUUUCCAGUUAGUAGUUCUGGACUAGCAGGAAGUAGCAGUGGUAAUGUCGGAGAUGAUAGUACUGGACAAAGACCACCAAAACAUUGGAUAAUGAAUCCCUCAGGCAAAAGUUAUGUUUGCAUACUUCAUGAAUAUGUACAACAUGCACUUAAAAAGCAACCAACUUACAAGUUUAAAGAAUUAGAAAAUGCAGCAACUCCAUAUUCUGCUGUUGUUUGUAUAAAUGAUAUGGAGUAUGGAAGCGGUUUCGGUAGUAGCAAAAAACAAGCAAAAGCUAAUGCUGCGCGGAAAACUCUUGAAAUUUUAAUUCCUCAAAUGAGAGAUAAAAUUUCUGGUGAUAAUGGAGGAGAUACAGUUUCUGGUAAUAACAGUCGAAUGAUUAAAGCAUCAAGGACAAAUUCUGAUGCAGAUUUAUCAUUCUUUGAUGAAAUAUCGAUCACCGAUCCACGAGUCGCAGAAUUUUGCGCAAAGACAACUGAACCGUCACCGCAUGCUAUUUUAAUCACCUGCCUCCAACGAAAUUAUGGUCUUGGUGAUAUGCAUAUUAAUUACUCUGUAAACACAUUAAAACAUCAACGCAAUGAAUUUACAAUGCGUGUCGGCAAACAUGAAGCCACUGUUGUAUGUCGUAAUAAGAAAGAUGGUAAACAACGAGCAGCCCAAGCUAUCCUGCAGCUUAUGCAUCCUCAUAUCCAGUCUUGGGGAUCCUUACUAAGACUUUAUGGAUCUCGAAGCGUAAAAUCUUUUAAAGAAAAGAAACAGCUAGAACAAGAAAUCACGUUGUUACAAGGUAAAGCUGCUGUCAAUCAACCAAAUCACGCUAUUCUAAGUAAACUUAGACAAGAAAUGCGUAAACUGGCAGAACAGAGACAGGCAAUACAACCUAUCGGUAAGUUUGUACCGCCGGAUUUACCAACUGGAUCUGCAGCUAAUUUGAACAAUGUGGAUUUAUAACAUACUAGUCAACUACUGUGUAUCCUAUAAAUAUUAGUUUAUUUUGUAAGUUUUGUAAGAAAGUAAACGUUUUUGAUUUACUUUAUAUUUUAUGUUUUGAAAACAAGAGUGAAACAUUUUAUAAUAUAGUAAUUUAAAAAGAAAAUGGUGCUGAUGCUUAUCCAUAUUUAAUAUUUUGAUAUUUUUAUUUUUUAUGUAUCUCGAAAUCAAUUUUUAUAAUCAAUUAAUACAAUGAUUAAGAGUAUAAUAAAAUGCGAAUGUUGGUUAAAAAUAUUUGGAGAUUGUUUUUAAGAUUUGGAUUUCAAGAACAGUUUUGAUAUCGAGAUAUUACAGAAUGCUACCUCAAUCACAUUAGUUUUCUUGCACUGUAAAUUGUUAAAUGUAUUUGACAAUAUUAUUUUUUAAAAUCACUAUUGUUUCUAUACAUAAAGGGAAUUUAAUAUUACAUGUAAAUGAUUAUUAAUUGUAUGUUAUUUUAUAUAGAAUUACCAAACACAUAACGAUUCAUAAAACAUAAUCAUUUAUUUUUAAAGAACUGAUUACAGUAAAGUAUAUUUCAGUUCUAUAAACAUUAAGGCAUCAAUCUUGCAUAUUAAUAAUGGUUACAAUAUAUUGAAAAGUAUUGUAAUUGUUCUAAUAAAUUUGCUAAUAGAAUUAAUAGAAUAUAAAUAAAUUAUCAAAUAGUGCAUAAAACAUUUACAUCACUUAUCUUCUUUGGCACUUUUGUAUGAUUUUUUUUCUAUAUCACUAUUAUUCUUAUUCUGCAUUUAUGUGGUAUUUUACUAAUUAUUUAACGAUACCACUGUAAAAUUAAUAACACAAGUAUUGGAACUUAUUUCAAAGUUUAAGCUUUCGUCGGAAAUAUUACAAUGUAUGUAUUUCUAAAUUCAAUAAAAAGGUAUUUUCAUUCUUUCACCUUAGUAUCAUGAUAUUUCUGUAGAAAAUACAAACAUCAAUCUUCAUUAUUUGUGUAUUAUAAAUUAUGGAUUUCUUUUGUGUUACCUAUGUGUAAAUGAAAUUUUUGUUUACUUAAUUACAAUACAAUAUGUUACAUAUAUAAAUUACUAUAUAGAUAGAAAAAUUAUGUAUUAUACUAUAAUAUGGUGACAGUAAGUAAUAUGAUUAAUAUAAUAUUCUAAUAUUCUAUUUAAAACAUUGUGAAACUAUGUGGAAUAGAUAAAUUUUGUUUGGUAUGUGUGUGUGAGUGAGUGCAUGCGUGUUUGGUUCUUUUUAUAUCAUAAAAAUUGUUACUUUUUGAGAUAAUAUUGUUUAAAAAUAUUAGAUUUACUGAUUGUAUAGUAUACAAAAGCAUCGUGUAAUAAACAAAAUCUUAAACUUUU